CAUAUAUCUAAUAGAAGCAUAUCAAAAAACAUCUACAAUUCAGGAAGGAGAUUCUUAAAAGGAUCUACUAAACCAAUCAUCUAACCUACCAGGUAAGUCUUUGUUAGUCAUGGGAUUCAAUAGAAAUCCUAUAUCUAGAAUAUCCCUUGCUGAAGCAAUACAAGUCGGUCGGUCCACAUGGCGACAUCGGCCUAUACCUGGUAUAUGGAACCGGAAGUUGGCAACCCCGCCGUCGUUAUCAGUCCGCCAUCUAACACCACCAACUCCGGCUAAACAAGCGAGAUGUCUUCACAUCUCAUCAUCCGCCAUGUCUUCCACUACCGUGAACCGAUCCAAAGGUGAGCCGGCCUCUAGUUGGCUUGGCCACCAUGGCGCUGCCGCCUUCGAUCUAAGGAGCGACACCAUGACCACGCCAACACAGGCUAUGUUAUCUGCAAUCCAGAAGACGACGUUACUCGACGAUGUCUUCCAGGAGGAUACGACGACCACAGACCUCGAAGCCCACAUCGCCUCACUAACGGGUAAAGAGGCCGGUCUCUUCGUGCUCUCAGGUACAAUGGGCAAUCAACUUGCCCUACGUGCUUUGCUCACCCAGCCGCCUCACAGCGUACUAACAGAUCAUCGGUCACACAUCAUUCAAUAUGAAGCCGGAGGCGUAUCCUCCCUAACAGGCGCCAUGAUAACCCCCGUAAUUCCCAAAAACGGGCUCUUCCUAACCCUCUCAGACAUCCAAGCCUCCGCCAUCUUGGACAACGACGUGCACUCGUGCCCAACACGCGUAAUCUCCCUCGAGAACUCACUCAACGGGCUCAUAACCCCUCUAAACGAAAUCCAAAAAAUCGCAGCAUUCGCCCGAGAGCACAACAUUCUAAUGCACUGCGACGGCGCACGCCUUUGGGAAGUCGUAGCCGCGGACCCGUCCAAGGGAGAUCUAAAGGAUUACAGCGCCUGCUUCGACACACUAUCCCUAUGCUUUUCUAAAGGUCUCGGCGCGCCUAUCGGUAGUAUCCUAGUCGGCCCCAAACCCGUCAUCAAACACGCACGUUGGAUCCGUAAAUCCAUCGGUGGCGGUCUCAGGCAAUCCGGCGUAGUAACAGCCGCCGCCCGCGUGGCAAUAGACACGACCUUCGGCCACGGACCCCGCGGUGAAGGCGGUCUCCUACGCGCCACUCACGACACCGCGCGCCGCGUAGCCGCUCUCUGGGCUAAUUUGGGUGGGAAGUUGGAGUACCCCGUGCACACGAAUAUGGUGUGGCUCGACCUAUCUUCUCUAAACACCACAUCAGAGCGGUUCGUAGAGUUGGGGAAACAGGCUGGUUUGCGGAUCCAUGGGAAUCGACUCAUUACGCACUACCAGAUCGGGGAGGAGGCUAUUCGACGGUUGACGGGUAUCUUUGAGAAGGUUGCUGCGGAGAAGGAGAGUGGUGAUGUUAAGGAUGUAAGAGGGAGAAGGCAGGGGAUUUAUGGGAGUAAACUCUGAUGCGUUUAUGUUUCUUGGAUAUAUAUAUCUGCGUAAUAAAUGAGGUGAAGUGAAGUUUAGCUCAAAGUAAUCCCGAGAGGAGUAGAUAUGAUCUAUUAAUGUCCUAGAAAAUACCCCUGGGUUGAUCAGCAACCGCAAUUAGU